AUGAAGGUCUUGGUUCUUGCGAUUGUCAUUAGCAUGUGGCUUGGUGGUGUGCUGUCUGCACAGGGUCACUAUGCUAGGAAGCUGCUGAAUGAUCUGAUGGAGAAUUACUCCAGUGCUCUGCGGCCCGUGGAGGACACAGAGAGGGCCCUCAACGUCACCCUGCAAAUUACACUCUCGCAGAUCAAAGAUAUGGACGAGAGAAACCAGGUGCUGACCACAUACUUGUGGGUGCGGCAGAUAUGGUAUGAUGCCUACCUACGCUGGGAUAAGGAAGAGUACGAUGGCUUGGAGGUCAUCCGUAUCCCUAGUAACCUCGUCUGGAGACCCGAUAUAGUUCUUUAUAACAAUGCUGAUGAAGAAGACUCCUCAGGGCCACCAAACACUAACGUGGUGUUACGGUACACGGGUGAGAUUACAUGGGAUGCACCUGCCAUCACUAAGAGCUCGUGUGUGGUGGAUGUCUCCUACUUCCCCUUUGACAGCCAGCAGUGCAACCUCACAUUUGGCUCCUGGACCUACAAUGGCAACCAGGUGGACAUCACCAUGGGCGGCCUGAAGGGUGGCGAGCUCUCUGACUUUGUGGAGAAUGUGGAGUGGGAAUGCCACGGCAUGCCGGGCGUGCGCAACGUUAUUAUGUAUGGCUGCUGCUCGGACCCGUACCCAGACAUCACGUACACGGUGCUGCUGAAGCGCCGCUCUUCCUUCUACAUCUACAAUCUGCUGCUUCCCUGCUUCCUCAUCUCCUUCCUGGCUCCGCUCAGCUUCUACCUGCCCGCUGACUCGGGCGAGAAGGUGUCGCUUGGCGUCACCGUGCUGCUGGCACUCACCGUCUUUCAGAUGAUGGUGGCUGAGAGCAUGCCCCCAUCUGAGAAUGUCCCGCUCAUCGGUAAAUACUACAUAGCGACGAUGACGAUGAUCACGGCCUCCACCUCUCUGACGAUCUUCAUCAUGAACAUUCACUUUUGCGGAGCAGAGGCUAAACCGGUGCCCCACUGGGCUAAAGUCCUGAUCAUCAACUACAUGUCCAAGAUCUUCUUUGUAUAUGAGGUGGGGGAGAACUGCACUACACCCCAGAGUGAGCGCAUCCCUCCCUUUAGUGAGGACCCCCUGGCCAGACUGGAGAAAGAUGGCUACUUUGACAAUGGCUUCUGUGAUGAUCAUUGUCAGUUUCACAGGUAUGAUGGCCAUGAUGGAGAUUGUCACCGUGUCAGCAAUCACCCAGGCAACGGGUACCAGCAGGGUGGUGCUCAUGGGCACCAAGCAGGGGGUGGCAUCCCGGCACAGUUCACGAUGAGAGCAAAUGUGCACCGGCCCAAAUACACACACCAUAUUGGCCGUGAUGGCAACGCCGUGCAACCCAGUGAGGAGAAGCUGAAGCAGAGUGAUCUCUCCAUCCCCGAGAAACUCAGCAGCUAUGCCUACAAGCACGGAGAUGACUACACCCAUGGCUACCAGCAGGACGAUGGAUACACCAAACCGCACAUGCUGGGUGGCUACAGCGAGGGAACUGCCACAGUGGAGUGUGUGUGUGGUCAGCAGCGCAAGGUGGUGCACAACAUCGAGUACAUCGCCAACUGCUUUCGCGAGCAAAGGUCACAUCAGGCCAAAGGGGCAGAGUGGAAGAAGGUCGCCAAGGUGAUGGAUAGGUUUUUCAUGUGGGUCUUCUUCAUCAUGGUCUUCCUCAUGAGCAUCCUGGUCAUGGCCAAGGCAUCCUGAGGGUAGUUGGGUUUGGUUGUGCCACACAUUAUAGUUGGAGGUCAUGUCAGUUGCAAUUAUUGCAGCCAGCUCUGAAGAAGCUUUAAAAAAACUGAACACAAAAAGGUGCUGAAAAUCACUUUUUUUUCCCUUACAUUUUUAAAGUAUUCAACCAACACUAACUCCUUGCAUUAUCACUAUGAUGUGGUGCCUUGAAUCAUUUUUAAUGUUUGAAAAGUGUAGUUCAGGAAGAAAAUGUAGACUGGAUCUCACAAAACACAA